AUGCCGUUCCUCAUCAAGAAACCCGAUGACGCUGUGGGCUCGGCUUUGCCGGCCAUCUGCAUUGGCGUCUUCGUUGCCUUCGGCGGCGUGCUUUAUGGAUAUGACACGGGCACCAUCGGCGACAUUCUGGGCAUGAACUACUGGCAGAACCAAUUCUCCACCGGCUUCGUCAACCCCAAGACCAACCACAAGGACGUCACCUCCGACCAGACUUCCGAAAUUGUCUCCAUUCUCUCGGCUGGAACCUUCUUCGGCGCCCUCACUGCCGGCCCUACUGGUGACUUCUUCGGCCGCCGCUAUGGUUUGAUCAUUUCCACCCUCGUCUUCACCUUCGGUGUCAUCCUCCAGGUUGCUGCGACCGCCAUUCCCUUGUUCGUCGCUGGCCGCUUCUUCGCCGGAUACGGAGUCGGCAUGAUCAGUGCCCUGAUUCCCAUGUAUCAGUCUGAGACCUCACCCAAGUGGAUUCGCGGUACCAUUGUCGGCUGCUACCAGCUCGCCAUCACCAUCGGCCUGCUGCUUGCUUCCAUAGUCGGAAAUGCCACAAAGGACCGCAACGACUCUGGCUCUUACCGCAUCCCCAUCGCUGUUCAGUUUGCCUGGGCCAUCAUUCUGAUCGCCGGAAUGUUCGUCCUGCCCGAGACUCCACGCUUUCUCAUCAAGAAGGGCAAGCCAGAGCAAGCCGCCAGGUCGCUCGCCCGUCUGAGGAGGCUUGACAUCCAACACCCUUCCAUCGUCGAGGAACUCGGUGAAAUCACCGCCAACCACGAGUACGAAUUGUCUCUUGGAAAGGCCACCUACGGCGACUGCUUCCGCGGUAACCUUGGCAAGCGUCUGGCCACUGGAUGCGCCCUCCAGGCUCUGCAGCAGCUGACAGGUGUGAACUUCAUCUUCUACUAUGGCACUUCGUUCUUCAAGAACGCCGGCUUCCAGAACCCCUUCACCAUCUCUCUCAUCACCUCCUGCAUCAACGUCGGAUCCACAUUCCCUGGUCUUUGGAUGGUUGAAGCUUGGGGCCGUCGCCGGCUGCUCCUUUUCGGAGCCAUCGGCAUGGCCGUGUGCCAGUUCAUCGUCGCCAUCGUCGGCACCGUCUCCUCGGUUUCGGACCAGCCCGCCCAGCGCUCCAUGAUCGCAUUCGUCUGCAUCUACAUCUUCUUCUUCGCCUGCUCCUGGGGCCCCGUCGCCUGGGUCGUCACGGGCGAGAUCUUCCCGCUCAAGGUCCGCGCCAAGUCCCUCUCCAUGACCACGGCCUCCAACUGGCUGCUCAACUGGGCCAUCGCCUACGCCACCCCCUACCUCGUCAACAGCGACCCCGGCGACGCCAACCUCGGCGCCAAGGUCUUCUUCAUCUGGGGCGGCUGCUGCUUCAUCUGCAUCUUCUUCGUCUGGUCCAUGAUCUACGAGACAAAGGGCCUCUCUCUCGAGCAGGUCGACGAGCUCUACGGCAAAGUCAACAAGGCUUGGAAGAGCAAGAACUUCGUCCCUACCAUCUCCUUCCAGGAGGUUGCCGAUCUGCAUCCCGGCGAGCGCCACAUGUCUCUUGCCCAGGCCGAGGACGAGGUCGUUCGCAAGAAGAGCGUCAGUCACACCGCCACCGAAAAGGUUUAA